UUUCCUUGCGACGUCUCAUGCGUUUGUUUACAGGAAUGAACAUCACCCUUCUGUCUGGUGACACCUGUUUACUUCUCAACCACCUUCUUCGCUCAUCGCAUAUUUGAGAAUAGAGAUGGCAGACCAUGCCCCUUCUGUUGCCAUGGAGGCUGUCCUUAAGCCGAGCUGCGACCUCCCAGAGGACAUGCCGAAGAUCAAAGGCUACGACUUUAACCAGGGGGUUGAUCACCAGGCUGUGCUCAAGUCCUACCUCACCACAGGCUUCCAGGCUAGCAGAUUUGGCUUGGCUGUCCAGGAAAUCAACAACAUGAUAGAGAAGCGUCUCGAGCCAUUGGAGACAGAUGAAGGAAAUGAGGCCAGUUACUCCUCCUGCAGCUCGGGCUGCACCAUCUUCCUGGGGUACACCUCCAACCUCAUUAGUUCUGGAGUCAGGGAGAGCAUCCGCUACCUGGCAGAACACAAAAUGGUGGAUGUGAUUGUAACUACAGCUGGAGGCAUAGAGGAGGAUUUGAUCAAGUGUCUGGCUCACACAUACUUGGGAGACUUCUCCUUGCCUGGCAAGGAGCUCCGCGAGAGGGGCAUCAACAGGAUAGGGAACCUGUUAGUGCCCAAUGAUAACUACUGUAAGUUUGAAGACUGGCUGAUGCCAAUCCUGGACCAGAUGUUGUUGGAGCAGAACACAGAGGGCACACGCUGGACUCCUUCCAAAAUGAUCCAUCGGCUUGGCAAGGAGAUCAAUAAUCCUGACUCUGUCUACUACUGGGCGUACAAGAAUGACAUUCCAGUGUUCAGUCCAGCACUGACAGAUGGCUCUCUUGGCGACAUGAUAUACUUCCAUUCUUUUAAGAACCCUGGCCUGAUACUGGACAUUGUGGAAGAUAUUCGCAGGUUGAACAGCCAGGCGGUGUUUGCCAAAAGAACAGGAAUGAUCAUCUUGGGAGGAGGGCUGGUCAAACAUCAUAUAGCCAAUGCUAAUCUUAUGAGAAAUGGUGCCGAUUACGCGGUAUUUGUGAACACGGGUCAGGAGUUUGACGGCUCAGACUCUGGGGCCAGACCUGACGAGGCCGUGUCCUGGGGCAAGAUCAGAACAGAUGCCAAACCCGUCAAGCUGUACUCAGACGCCUCUUUAGUCUUCCCUCUGAUUGUGGCCGAGACCUUCGCUCUCCAUGCCGACAAGAUGACUGCGAGCAAGAAGAAGGAUUAAACGGUUGCCUCUUUAAAUGCUCUGUUAGAAACACCAACCAGCUUUGAUCCUCUGGUUCUUCUCUUGUGUGUGUAAUUUAAAAUAAGAGUUUGAGCUUCUAAACCUUUCUGGAAAAAAAACAAAAAUGGGUUAAAGCAGCUAAGGUAACAUCGCAGUGUUCUUGUACACACAAUGCUACUGUUGAAUAACUUACUGAAUGGGAGUCAGCGGUGAGGGUUUCCUGUCUUAAUGCUUUCCAUAGCAAUAUUUACUUGUUAAAACAAGUACAGUUUUUUUUUCUCCCUUGUUCAGAUGGCUGAUAUAGCAUGGUAGCAUGCUAUAGCAUGUACCAAAGAGACAGUGUAGAAUGCAUCAGGUUUUAGCAUGUGUGUCUGUGUGUGUGAGAGGGAGAGAAUAAAUACAUGUUAUUUAAAAAGAGAGUUUAUGUCAGUUUAGCUGUGGCAUGAUACAAAGUCACAUCACUUUAAUAUUACCUGGGUUUCUGUAAGUCUUGUUUGCUUCUCAGUUUUUAUGUUCUCCAACCUUACCGUCAGGAGGGAAGAUUACUUUGUUUAGGUUAAUGAAUCAUUGUGCCUCUAUAUAAUGUGCACUUAAUGUUUGUGCAGAAGGUCGAUGACAGAAGGCCACAACGGGUCCUGCAUGUGAUCAUAUUUGUCUGAAAAAGAAUAUUUAGAAUAUUAAAUACAAUUUGAAGCACCUCAGUUGCAUCUGAAAUCUAGCUAUGAGUAAAAAAGUGAAUCACAGUCAGCUAUACAAAGUGUUACUAUUGUAGGUGUAACCAGUGUUCCUUUUUCUUGUAAUUGAGACACUCAGAUAUCUUUCUGUAAACUCUCGAUUCAGCUUCUAACCUUUGAAAUGUCUGUUUUUAAUAAAAAGAUUAA